CCGCAACGUCAAACGACCACCUUGACCGACCCUCCAUCAAACAGAUCAAUCAAAUCAAUCAAUCAAUCAAUCAAUCGCCAAUUUUACCCAUUAGCAUUAUUACCCCAUCGAAGAAAGAAAAAAAUACCGACAUCCACCCGAUCCCGAAACGAAACCACAUCCUCGAAGGGAAUCAGUCGCUUGGCUUGGCUUUGGCUUGGCUUGCUUUGGCCUGACAGGACGGGAUGGACAUCAUCACACCUUGACUGACUGCUGCUGCUGCUGCUGCUGCAGCCCCAAGGUCCUCUCGACAAAGUUCCACAGAUCUGAUGCGCACUGGGCGACGCUCUCCCGCGGUGACCACCCCAGCUCCUUGCUGGCUCGCUCGGUAGACGCCACGCAGACGCCAACGUCUCCUGGUCUUCGUCCGGCCCAGUCCAGUGAGACAGUCCUUUUCGAUGCGGCCUCGAGGCUCCGGACUGCUUCGAGCACAGUGGUGCCCGUGCCGCUCCCGAGAUUGAAGGCGCGGAACCCUGUCCCCCCGCGAUCGCCGUUCCACCCGAGCGCCGAGAUGUGGCCCCGCGCCACGUCCAGGACGUGAAUGUAGUCUCGAACCGCCGUGCCGUCCCGCGUCGCCCAGUCUGUGCCGAAUACGUUUAGCCUUUCCCUCUGCCCCGUCAGCACCUGUGUCAGCACGGGGUACAGGUUGGUCGCCUCCCCCCGCGGGUUCUCCCCCAGCAGUCCCGACGGGUCGCAGCCAACGGGGUUGAAGUAGCGCAGUGCCACGAUGCGCCAGGCCGGGUUCGCGGCCGCCACAUCUGCAAGAAUAGCUUCGCUGAAGUACUUUGUCCGCGCGUAGGGGCACGACAGGCCCACCGCCGACGGCUGCGUCACGAUGCGCUCGCCCGUCGACUCGUCGACUCGCUCCUCGGCGUGGUGGAUCAGGUCCGACUCCCGCAGCGGCUCGCCCGUGUUGGCCUUGGACCCGUACACGGUCGCCGAGCUGCUAAAGAUAAAGUUGUGGAUGUUGUACUUGUCGAGCUGCUGGAGCAGCGAUACGAGCCCGCAGACGUUGUUCUGGUAGUACUGCAACGGCCGCCGUAUCGACUCCUCGACCGACUUGUAAGCCGCAAAGUGGAUCACCCCCUCGAUGCGGGACUGGUACGUCAUGCGCUGCCUGCCGCUGCCGUCGAUCGACAUGACAAGGUCCGUGUAGCUCUCGAUGAGGAACCGCAUCGAUCGGCUGCGAUAGUCGAGACGGUGGAAGUGGAUCAAGGGCAUCCUCCUGCCAUUGGCUUUGCAGUGCUUGGCCGUCAAGGUCUUGAUGCUGUCCAGGAUGGUCUGGUAGCUGUUGCUGAGGUUGUCGACAAUGAUGACUGCAAGACGGCACGGUUAGCAUGAGACGGCAAAAAAGGUGGGGGGAGAGAACAAUACCAUUGUGCCCCUCUCUUAGGAGCUCCAACACGGUGUGUGAUCCGAUAUACCCAAGACCCCCGAUGACGAGGGUGAACUUGGGGCUGCCAGCUUCUUGUUCACGACCACCAAGUGGUGAUGGGGAACGAUCAAUGUCGAAGCCAUCCUCAGAUAAGUCGGGACUAGUGAGCGGCGAGCUCGCGGCGGGUGAAUCCGACGGCGAGGAAGAGCUCACCGAGUCUGCGUAGUGGUCGUUGUCCAUGUCGUCAAGUCCGCUGGGAGGUUGAACAGGUAGGUUGUCGAUGGAAUCCCCGGGCCACAUGCUUGCUGCUUCUAGUUGUGUGUGUGUGUGUGUGUAUGGUAUAUAUGGGAGGCUUGAUAGGGCUAACGAAACAUGCAAGGACAGAAUAGGGAUGUCAGGCUUGGUAUUUAAAAACACGGUACCGGGGCUGCCGUGACUGCGGAAGAAAGCUCACUGAUGAGACAUAUGAAUCACGGCAAAGGGAAAAAUUAGGCCGGCUUUAUCAGCCUGACUCUGCCAGCCAGCAACAAGGUACUAUUCUGGGCAGUGGAGUCCUCGCUUUGCUCCAUGUGUCCCGGUACUCCGGGAGCCCUACUUCCACGGCACCAUGCACGACCACUGCGGCAAUGGUUCAAAUGGAAGCAUUGGCCGCAACCGGAUGGGCAAGACCUUCUGCCAGACUGUCCAGAACUGUCCAGGGGGGACCCAGGAGGGGGGUGGAAGGUUCCUGAGGCCCGGGUCGGGCUUACCGCCUUGGGGUCUCGACUUCAUCCCACUCAGUUUCGUUUCACUGGCCACAACACGACGGAACACAAAACACAGGGCUCCGCAGAAAGAGACAAUCACAUCAACUACUCAGCCUAUUCACGAAAGCAACUCCACGGCCGGAAUUCUUUCCAAUUCGGGCUGACGUCUUUUGCUCCUCAGCUCCACAAGGGCCGGGAGCACCCGACAAAUAUGCCCUGAUUGCCAUGCGGUGCGGGAUGGGACUGGACUGGACUGGACUGGACUCGAACUCGAGAUACACAGGCACACCAUCAGGAACAGCAAGCUCCUUUCAGCACAGCUCACAUCCUGCCUGUGCUGUGCGGCGUGGCUUUGCCCUCUGCGAUUGUGCCCUUUGUGAGCCAUUUAGGCUAUUGACUGCUAUGGAAGAAGCCGGGGCCCCGCUGUGGAAAAGAAUAAACAAUGCAUCAAAGGACGGGAUUCAGGAACAAAAGGUGGAAGAGAGGCUCUUCUUAGGCAGAGCCUUCCGUGCCGGACAUGACAACCUGACAUGGCGCCAAAACGCCAUCCAACCCACGCCCAAAACCAGACCAGAUGGUUUGCCGAUGGGCGAGGACUCAGUCGAGGUCUGGUCAUCAGGGCGAGACUUUGUGAGUUGA